GCGCCGCCGAAGCAGCCGGCAGACAACCUCCAGUGCCCGCAGCAAUGGCGGUGGAGCCGCGUUGAAACCUGCGUUCAUCCGCUCUGCCGAGCCGUGCGUGCGUGCGUGUGUGUGUGAGCGCGCGCGCAAGGAGCGUGCGGUGAAGCCUCGUUGUUCAUCGCUUCGUCGGUGGUGUGUCGUACUCGGCGAAUAAGUGCCGGCCCAUGCGUCCUCCUCGGCCGGCGGUAGCACCAUGCCUUCCCGCGAGCUGUCGACGAGCGUGAUGAGCGGCUCGUGCCCGACCGUGGGGCCCGACUGGGUCGCGGCGAGGGUUCGCGAGCCGGCGGCGCCCGAGUCGGCGCUGCUCCUGCUCGACUGCCGGCCGCCCGACCAGUUCGCGCGGUGCCGGUUGCGCGGUGCGCUGGGCGUCAGCCUCCCGGCGUCGCUGCUCGUGCUCAGGCGACUGUCCAACGGCAAGUUGUGCGUCUCGAGCGUCCUCAGGGACGCUCGGCAGCGCGACGCCUUCGAGGCGUGUUACCGUCAACUGCCCAUCGUGCUCUACGACGCGGACGGCAGCUACGCCGACGUCCAGGUCACCGGAGUGCUUGUUCAGCGGCUCCGCCAAGAUGGCUGUCAGGUGUUCUGCCUGCAAGGCGGCUUCUCGGAGUUCCACUCGCGCUACCCGGAGUGGUGCGACAGCGGCGAGCCGCAGGACCCGGCCUCGUCGCCCCCGGGGAGCGCCGGCAACAACCCGGGCCCCGUGUCGGUGACCACGACGCGCGCCCUGCUGGGCCUGGAGACGCUGCGCAUCUCGACCGAGUGCGGCUCGCCCAAGGACCCCCGCGACGACCCGGACCGCUGCGACAGCGGGCUGGCCCGCGACGACAGCCCCGGGGGCGCGGACCCGCCCUUCCCGGUGCAGAUCGUGCCCUUCCUCUACCUCGGCAACGAGGAGAACUCGCUGGACCUGGACUCGCUGGAGCGGCACAACAUCCGCUACGUGCUCAACGUGACGCACAACCUGGCCAACGCCUUCGAGGGCCGGGGCCUCAAGUACAUGAAGAUCCCCAUCGAGGACCACUGGUCGCAGAACCUGGCAUCCUUCUUUCCCCAGGCCAUCGCCUUCAUCGACGAGGCGCGGCAGAAGCGCGUCGGGGUCCUGGUGCACUGCCUGGCCGGGGUCUCGCGCUCCGUGACGGUGACGCUUGCCUACCUGAUGCAGAAGCACAAGCUGCCGCUCAACGAGGCGUACGACCUGGUCAAGAAGCGCAAGGCCAACAUCGCGCCCAACUUCAACUUUCUGGGCCAGCUGCUCGACUUCGAGCAGCUGCUCGACCUGCGGCCCCAGCGGUGCGGCUGCUGCCACACACCGUGCCGCUGCCGUCGCGCUCUGCACUUCACGUCCCCCACGCGCACCACGCCCGACUCCGGCAUCGACCUGGACCGGUGGACGUAGCGUGAGGCCCGCGGGGGCAGCCGCUUCCAGUUCGCCCCCGCGGUCACGCCCGACGAGCUCGAGCCCGUGCUCGAGCCGGCGUCGGAAGAGGACGAAGAAGAGGCCGCCGGCGCAACGGCCUCGGCCUCGCCCGCUGCCGAAGCCGGCAGCGACCAUCGGCAGCCGCGGGACGGCUGCGAUGCCGUCUGAGCGGUUCUUGUCACAACGGCCUUCCCGAAGCCAGCGCAGCCUCUACAAUUCGGCCACCGAACGGGGAAGCCACCGGUGAAAGCCCCCGCCCGCCUUCUUCAAACCCUGGUUGCAAAUGCAGUGCAGAGAACCACAAAAAAAAAGAGUGGGCUCCAAACUCGGGAAGACCAUUAGCUCUAGUGGAUUUUCAUGUACUGGGCGUCCUAAAAGUAACUGUGCAGUGGAAAUAGUGGUAUUACUAUCUGAAGUUUUAGUUUACGGCAGUGCAGCGAUUGCUACGUAAGGUGCUCGAAAUGUCCACCGCCGGCUUGAAGACAUGUCUGCGCACAACGCUGCAUAUUGUUAGACAUUUGCUGGAAGGUUGCAGGUGGGUGGCUGUCUGUGGCUCCUGCAAUGUGCAAGGAUUGUUCUCAUUCGACCAUCUUCUGAGUGCACCCCACAGGCAUUAUCGCACGAACUACACGUCUUGCACUGUAAGAUCACACGUGAAACUGCAACGUCAUUCACAAUUAUCAUUGUAUCCUUUUAAAUUUUGUCGCUGCACAGUUACUCUUGGGACACCCAAUAUUAGUCUGGUGAAAGAACUGAGUGCCUCACCACGGUCACCAGUUAGUCCCAGAUAAGUGGACAAGAGCCACCGUUUGCCGAGGGAACCGGCUGUGGGAAUUUCAUGGUCAUCGGAAACUGCUGCAAAACAUCUGCUUUCCGAGCCUGUGCCAGGAGCCCCUUGCACACAUCCAGGGCUAUUAGGUGGUGAAAACUGUGUCUACCAACUGUGCUGAAGAAGUUUCACGGCUAAAAAUUUCCAACACGAGGGAAGGGUGGUGACAAACCUUGUACAAGUUCAGUGCCAUGUAAGCACUUGCUUCAGUCAGGCGAGACUUGAUUAGGUUAGGCUUCAGUAUGUGCCAAGUAUGAACUCGACAUUGGCAGUGACCCAGAGGUAUUUUCUCCAUGUGUGUAUAACACUGGACGUACAUGUCCUGGAAACUUAUUAGAAAAAUUUCAGUUUGAUGUCUUGCGGCCUCCAUCAUGCUCAAACGCUUACUUCCCAUUCCGAUGUAGAACUCACUAAUCAGAUGCUAAGUGUAAUGCUAUAAAAACAAAUACAAUAUUUAUUAUCAAAAGACAUUGUCAGUUCAAUAGCAUUAUGUGAAAGUUUCUCACAAUAUCCCAGUAAAUAUUUGAUUUGCAAGUUCGGUGUGCAUUUCCAAAUGGCAUUCACUUAUAACACUAUUGAUUGCUGCCUACACAAUUACUGAUAGGCAAACUAUUACAAAGAAGGAAAUAAUUUCUUCAGCAGUGAGUAUGCAAAAUAAGAUUAAGGAAAAUUGAGACAAGCAAUAAGCAUUUCAUCGGCGAGGCAAGCAUGACAUUUCCAUUUUUGGCAAUUAUGUUGGGAGCUCCUGGGAAUCUGCCAUGUUCGUAGCAAGUACAAAGUGACUGCUCAGCUAGACCACUGUGCCAGCUGGUUUUGAAAGUGUGGACCAUAAAACAAAAAUGCCUCCAAAGGCAACUUUCAUGGCCUCCCCAGGGCAUUCCAGGGAAGCAGUUCUUGGCACCAACAAGACAUUGAUUGCUUGUAGUGACUUCACUCAGCCAGGUACUGUGAGGCCACCAGCUGCAAAGUGAUCAGGUCAGCUGUGUUGACGUGAUGUCUUCAAAUGAGAAAUGUAUAAAGCUGCUCAAUGCUUGGCCUAUCUGCAACAUGAAAGUGCUGAACUCUGGUGACUGUAUAUGGGAUUCCAACAUGAUAUCCAAGCUAUGGAAGGAGUAGUAUGUCUGCUCUCUGUUCCUACGCUUUCGGCCUGUCAAUGUGGUUCGCAUGCAAGGCACUCAUGAAACGCAAGUUUGAUACUACUGCAGUUGUAGUUUGCUAUAGCUAUGAACUGGCACAUGUUAAGAGUUCAACUCACAGUCGGAGUGUGCUAGCAUGUGUUGUUCUUCAAUGCAAAAUGAAGCAGUGGCACUGCCCUGGUUCUUCAUUGAUGGUGGCUGCAUGGUUUGUAAGAGGCAGUGCUGAAGGAUUGUGCUUAUGCCAAGGGCUUCUCAUUGGGAAGAUUACGGCUUUUUUGGACUGGUAGGUUUCCUUUACGAAAUCCUCGGUCACAGCCCAAACGUUUUGCAGGCUGGUGAGAAAACAUCUGCAUGUUCCUAAAGAUUUGAUCUUGGCAGUGCAAUCUUUCUUAUAAUGUUACCAGUCUUGUGGGCUGGGUUUGUGUGGCAUGCUUCCCAUGUUGCUGCUUCGGCAGGACAAGGUAACCUAAUUUACAGAUCCUUCACUGACCCAUUUAUAUGUUUCAACGUGUUGUAGAUAAUGAUACGCAUUGCCUCAGAGGCUUUUUUUAAGGGAUGUGCAAAUUUUACCAGCAGUUUACACAUUGGUUCACUGUGUUUAAAAAUGUCUUCCUGGUUCUGCCUUUGAAAGCUGAACAGUGCAUUCUUGGAUGAAGCCGACAAUAAUUUCAAGCAUUUAAUGCAAGCAAAGCUAUGCCAUUGUGGCAUUUUUUGUGAGGGUAAACAAAAAAGCCUUCCACUGACGAGGACAAGCAAUACACACAUAUACAUCUUUUGUCUAUGGCUAACCUGUCCUGGUGCCAGCUGUAUUAUAUUCAGCCAUAUUCUCGCAGUCAUAUUGACAUAUACCUUUGAUAGAACAGUGCAUCAUACUCUAGGCUUGACAUGCAGAAACCUCCAACUUCAGUUGUCUUCCUUCACUGUGCCAAACAAAGGCACUCAGCAGCGGUGUGGCCAUGUGAAAACAUGCUUUCUUAUUGAUAGGUGUGCAGCCCUAUCCACUCUUUACCUAAAGUUAUCGGGAGCGAAGGGACAUGGCCUACUUCCCUUCAACAUUUUAUGAGUGCAAUAACUUUUGUAAUCUUUUUCUUACCACCAAAGCACAACACGUAAUCAUCAUGCCUAUAAUUGGUGAAAUAAAUUUUUCCCCUGGAACCUGGCGCAUGAGUAUCUGCACUUCGUGCCACCAGGGGAACAAAGCUUAUAGCAAAAAAGUAAACUGUGGAAGAAUAAGUCUUCUUUUACUGCUCAGAAUUUUCCCAAGUUUGCGAGUGUCUGUGCUUUAGGGAAAACAAUCGUGCAAAUGUAGUUUCAUUUAUUGUUUGUAGAUGGCAACAUGGGAAGCUCUAUUUCACUGCCCAGCCCACCCAUCAUUGUUUUUAUCCUGUAAAUAGCAUCACUCAUUAUGUUACAUCUGUAUAUAGUGUAUAUAAGUGAAUGGCACAAUGUUAUAUAUGUUGUUCUUCCGUUUUCUUUCAAAGCACGCUGCCAUAUCCCUACAGUCCUUGCAGGGAAGUUGGUUGCACGUUGAACGCAUACCGUUGACCAUAGGAACACUUCCUUCCAAACCUGAUUGUUUGUUGCUUUGUUGUUGAUGCACACUUUACUGUUGGUUCAUUUGUUGGUGCAACCGUGUGCAAACAAGAUGAACAGUAUGAAGAGCCUGUUACGCGUUGCAAUGAGUGAGGGGGAUUGUGUAAUUCAGGGCACUCGUAUGUGGUGCGGGAGCUCAGUGAAAGGCAUAAUCAGCAAAAUUCUCUUGAAAAGUGAGUAGGUAACUAAUUCUGAUCCUUCAGAUUACAUUGCGUAAAGUUGAAUUUGGUGCUGCUGAUGUUGUAGUGGCUCUCACGAGCUGCCAUCAAAACUGAUUUAAGCCGGCACGAAGGAUAAACUUGAGUUAAUACGAAAGUCUUGUCAAACCGCUUCCGGUGUCUAGAGUUUAGAUAAGCUUGUCAGUUUUCUCUCAGUUCAGUCACUCACUGUGUCAAAUGUUUAGCAAACCUUGUCUCCCACACUUAAUUGGUUCUCUUGUUACCGAAUUGUGUACAUGGCCUGAAUUUAAUAUCUCCGAAGAUAGCAGUUUGUUAUGCUCUAAGCAAUUCAUGCAUGUCAACACCUGCGCCACCUAUGAGAAAGUAACACCACGUGCAAUUUACCAGAGUGGUCUGCUAUCAGUAGCCUGCCAAAUGCUCUAGCCCAAACUCGGUAAUUCUUUAGCUGGUGGGCGGCUGAUAAAAAAGGUUGCCAGAGGAACACGGUCGUCUCUUGAAGUGUGUAUGGAUGCACUGGCUAUUUUUAUCUUUCUGAUGGUUCUCUGACGCAUAAGUCAGGCAGAAUAGCUUUGUACUGUGACUAGUAGAGAUCUCGCCUUCUUGUAGUUCAGUGAAAGAGGCGCACGGCUGAAGCCGGUUGCAACUUGUAGUAUCUAGUAGAGAAACUAGUAGCGCGCAAUUUGGAGUACACCCUGUUUAAACCUUUCACAUUACUUGCUGUUAGCGGCACGAAAGGGUACGUAGGCCUUCCUCAACUUUUCGCUCUAUGACGUAAGUGUUAUCGGCCUAUCAUAAAGUACAAACCUUUCUCCUAUUGGUUUUCUCCGUUUUCUCUAAGAAUGUGCGAAGACUUCAAGGUCGACGCAGUGGUCCUCUGUGCCGCCUGGCAUUUUUGGCUAAGGAAACGUUUCAAGCUUUGCCGAUUGCGUUGCACAGUCCGAGAGACGGUCGCACGCGAGAUAUAUUCGCACGCUUGCCACGACGCUGACCCUCACCCUCAUUUGCGGGUAGUCAAUAACAAUAUUGGCCAAAUUGUCUGCUUAUCCAUUAAUGGAACGCUGUGGCCUGCCUAACAAGGACGUCACGGAGUGCCACGAACAAAUUAUUUCCGAAAAAAAAAGAUCCUUAUUGCGCACGUGGCUAAACAUCGCAACUGUGCUCGCUAGCGCGUUCUCAGCGGCUAGUGGUAAACCAAGAGACGCAUGUCGUUUGCAAUGAUGAAACAGAUGCAGUUUCUCCGUUUAUGGCCCCGUUAUCUCAAGAGAUUCAUGGCAGGCUCGCUUUGAUAUUGCCUCAGUGACGGCAGAUAACGCUGCGCGGUGGCUUCUGGUACAACAACCCAGUCUUGUGUGGGGGGCCAAUCUUUGUUAAACGCGUGUUACCACUGCAGCGUGGUCUGCUGUGCGCCGUGUUUGUGGACUGUUACGUGCGGAAGCCGAGGAGACGGUGUUACGAGUCAUUCUUUGUUAAAAGCGUUUGAAAGCUGGGAAAUUUCGUCCUACGCGAAGCGCGACUAGCCGAGCUCCUCGCUUGUUAAGGCGCGACGAGGUGCCGCCUACUGCCGUAAGCAACUCUACCAGUGAGGCGACCGAGGACUGCAACCACAUGGAGCGUAUUUUGCGACGUGCGUAUACGGCGUCUCGCCGCGCGCGACACCAACAGCGACCAACAUACGUACCACCGAGAAUACUGGUUUAAUUCUGAAAUGCGCCGAGCAUGUCUGGGCCGAGAACACAGCGCAGUCGUCGCGUUGUGUGAAAUACAGACGCGCGGACGCCAUGUAACGCGCUCCAUGUGGUUCCCGCUAAAAAGGCCUAGCGUUCCCGCGAAAGUUCUCUCGUUAGUGCGGGACGACACGAGCGCGCCGUGUGCAGCCGUUUGACCCGUUGGUGCAUGCGAUGCGACGCCGUCUUGUCAGAACUCGUGCCAAAACCGUGUGUUUUUUUAGAAAAGCGCGUCGCGUCGUGUGCGUAGCUUUCCUGUGAGCCUAUCUCGUUUAGCGUGACUCAAGACGACAGAGAAGGAAUGGUGCUUACGCGUAGCCCCCCCCCCCCCCCUUUUUUUUUCCUUCUGUUUUUCGCAUCUUUGGUUUAGUACAGCGCAUAGACGUGUCCCUGGCUUCGAAAAAAAAAAAAGAAGAGAGCGCAGACCAACCCCAUUCAACUCCUCGUACUUCUCGAAACAUUUAUAGACUCUCCGUAGCUUACGUCGUGUUGACAUGAUUAGAAACAGCCCCCUUUGACGCAACUGCAGUGACAACACCGCGAUCAGUGACGUUAGCAAGACUUGUGGGACCAAACGUGCCAGUUUUCUGUACCACUCGACGUCUAGCUUCCGUACGUGAAGUUACGCGUUUUGAUUUUUUUUAACGCCUCUACGAUAGUCCGUUGACGUGGCAUGUGCGCGUGUCUCACUAUAAUUAAAUCCAUAGACAGUCGUGGUAAACCUUUCUUUUUUAUUAUUAUUUCCGGAAGAACCGUACUUCCGCUUUCUUCCUCGAUGUCGAUUCGUAGAUGUGGUGCGCUUCGCCCAUACAGAGAACAAACGCGGGCAAUUGCCUCGGUCGCCUCAACAAGCGAGAGCUCGCGCGCAGUGCAGAGGGCAGUGAAGGACGCGGAGCUAGCAACACCCUCUCCCCGUGAAAAGAAAAAAACAGAGGGAAAGGAGCAUCGACCCGCUUUCCCCAACCUCCUCUUUGUUACGCGUUCCUGUGUUUGAAGGCAACUGCAGUCUAUUAUUGGAUUGUCACUUCGCUCUUUGACUGCCAAAACAACGCCGCUGUUGUUAUCCCUCGGCGGCGCUCCUGCUCCUCUUUUUGUUCAUCUUAUCAAAAUGUGAUAACACAUCAGCGCGUGCUAUAUAUAUAUAUGUAUGUAUAUGUAUGUUUGUUCUGUACAUUUCUCCCUGUUCCGCGCGCUCCUUUUUCGCUGUUACGAAGAGAAAAAAAAAAGAACGGAAAGCCUGUGCCUGUUGUGCAAAAACCGCGCGGACUCGCGGAAAAAAAGAAGGUGUGUGACGUUGUGUUUGUUUGAACUGAGACCGCAGAGCGAGUGUUUUCUGGAUCCCCGCAGUCGGCCCCCGUGUGUUGGCGAGGGCCUUGCGGAAAGGAGACUGUUAUAAUCUCGGAGAUAUUUCCAUAUACAUCUGGAAAGCCAAUAAAAUGUGCAUAUUUUUCAUGAA